AUGGAUGCUAUUAUCGAAGGUGCGGAUUUUAAUUGCGUAGUUGCUCCUAGUAUCCUCUCUUUUAAUAACCAUGAUUUAAACGAAUACUUCGCUCACACCGAGUUCCUCCACAAUGUGCUCGUCCACUCAGAGUCUGGAGUUAUCCACCAUUUACGCACUAAUCCUUCCUCACUAUACGAAUGCACUCCAAAUGGCCUAUCUUCACUUCAUCUAGCUGUUACUUGGCCCAAAGGGCUCUCAAUAUUAAUCGAAUAUGCAGGGGAGACGAUUGACUCUUUGAUCAAUAGGAAAAAUCGUGGAGAAUAUACCGCUCUUGAAUUUGCGCUAGAGCUAGAGCAAUUGGAGUCUAUUCGCAUAUUACUUGAUGCUGGAGCAAGUGUUGAGAAUGAUAUAUUCUGUUACCACUUUAGAGGAGUGCCGCCUGUGAUAGAUAAACAGAUGAUUGCCUGUAUGGUAGUUGAUCCCCUCGUUUCACAGCGGAAGGCGUUACUGAAGCUUGCGCUCCGGAGCCUUCAUCUGAAACGAUCCAGCGACUUGGCUUAG